GUAGCGUAAGUUAGUAGUGAUAAUACAGCGUCAGUAGUCAGUAUCUCAGAGAGAGAGAGACGCAAUGUUCUACACCUAUAAAUUCCCAGCCUUAUAAGCCCCCCACAAGACCACCCCAUUCUCCAAGGCUGAGGACAUAGAAAUGUAACUUCUCCACGACCAAGUUUGGUACUUGUAAUUUUGUACCGAAAGUUUUUUAUUUAUUUUUAACAUUCAUUUUUGGUAUAUUUUGACUUCCAAUUCUCUCCCUCCUGUCCUUUACCCACCUGCUCAGAAAGCAAGCAUUAUAUCAAUUUUAUACGUAAAGUCAUGCAAAAUAUAUAAUACUUGCAAGAGGAUGUAUGGAAGGGAAGGAAGGAAAGGAAAAAAGUAAGCUUCAAUCUGCAGUUGGUCUUUCUGGAGAUGGGUGGCAUUUUUCAUCCUUACUCCUUUGGAAUUAUCUUUACAAUAUUGCUGUUGCUGUAUCUUCCUGAUUCUGUUUUGCAUCAGUUCAUCUUUGUGAACCUAUGUGCUUAAAGAGAGAGUUGGUAACUGAAGCUGGUUGGUGACAUGGUGAAGGGGGACAAAGUAUCACAUGUUGAAGAUAAUUAAGAUAUCUCUGUCAGUCUUUUAGCUAUAGUAGUCAGCUUUUGUGGACUGGCCUUGAUGGUAGUCUCACUCUUUGUCUUCUGGAAACUCUGUUGGCCACGUUGUAGAAACAAACUUCUUAUUUCCAAUGUCAGUGCCCUGCCACAGAGCAUCUCAAGUACUCCAGUCUUUGAGAUUGAGGAAAAAGAAGAGAAAAAAGAAAAUGAGAUGUCGUCUCUACAAAUUGAGUCUGCCAUGAAAAUCAGCCAUACUUCCCCAGACAUACCCACUGAGGUACAGAAUGCUUUGAAAGAACAUCUCGUUAAACAUGAACCUCUCCAGAGACAGACCACUGAGCCCACAUCCUCAUCCAGGCAUAAUUCCUUCAGGAGACAUCUACCAAGGCAAAAACAAGUGUCCAGUGUUGAUUUUUCUAUGGGCAUAGAACCAGUUUUAUGGAGGGGACAGACAACUACCAGCAUUGGGAGAAUAAAACCUGAGCUCUAUAAACAGAAGUCAGUUGACUCUGAGAGCAGCAGGAAAGAAGAUGUCAAAACUUGUGGGAAACUUAACUUUACUCUACAAUAUGAUUACGAAAACGAACUACUUGUUGUUAAUAUUAUCAAAGCCUUAGAUUUACCUGCGAAAGACUUUACAGGAACAUCUGACCCCUAUGUGAAAAUAUAUCUUCUUCCAGAUAGGAAAAAGAAGUUUCAGACCCGAGUACACAGAAAGACUUUAAAUCCCUUAUUUGAAGAAACCUUUCAAUUUCCUGUAGCCUACGACCAACUGAGCAACAGAAAACUACACUUAAGUGUAUAUGAUUUUGACAGAUUUUCUAGACAUGACAUGAUUGGGGAAGUGAUUCUGGAUAAUUUUUUUGAAGUCUCUGAUCUUUCCAGGGAAGCUACAGUGUGGAAAGAUAUCCAUUGUGCAACUACCGAAAGCAUAGAUCUGGGUGAAAUCAUGUUUUCCCUUUGUUAUUUACCUACGGCUGGACGUAUGACAUUAACAGUCAUCAAGUGCAGAAAUCUCAAGGCAAUGGAUAUCACAGGUUCAUCAGAUCCAUAUGUAAAAGUGUCACUAAUGUGUGAGGGUCGAAGAUUAAAAAAAAGAAAAACAACUACCAAAAAAAAUACUUUAAAUCCAGUUUAUAAUGAAGCCAUCAUUUUUGAUAUUCCUCCUGAAAAUGUGGACCAAGUCAGCCUCUUGAUUGCUGUCAUGGAUUAUGAUAGUUACCUGGACGGGCUACUAGUUUUGAUAGUCAAGGAUCCUGUUCAUCUCCCAAAAAACUACCCUCCACACCUUAGUAUCUUCAGACUAAAGUUAACAUACCAACCAGGAGUAUAUCUUCAUCAUAUCUACAAAAAGAGAUUGUUUGGCUUCCUCGUCUGAAUAAUAUGUAUAGUAUUCUAAUGUUGUUUCUCUUUCUAUUUUGCCUUUGUCUUACUGAUUAUAAUAAUUUAAUAUUUCAGAAGGAGAUAGAAGAAACAUUUCUUCUUUAUUAUUCCUGUUAUUGUGUUGUUAUUAUUAUUGUUAAAUGACCAGAUACUAUUAGUCUAAGUAGUAUUUCUAGAAUUUGUACUUCUUUAUAUAAGUAUUUACAUCAGAUACAAAUAAUAAAUUCUUUUUCAAUAAAAUACAUAACCAUACAGUUAUUGUUAAAGGUAGCAUAAUAGUUGUAUGACUAUAGUUUUAGAUGCUGUAAUUAUAGGGACAGUUUCAACUGAGUAAACUUAGGAAAAUCAUUUAAACUUUAUAAGCGGAGUAGGUUUCCUUGUCCUUAAGUUAGUUGAAAAUUUUUUUACCAUUGUUCUUUCUACCUCUGAUGUCCUAUGUUUUCAUUUUGUACUCUCUACAUUAAUAAAUAAUGGAAGUUUGAAGUUUAUUUUAAAAUUCUCAAGACAGUUAUCAUUUUCCUUAACUGUAGUCUUGAUGUUGUUUUUCUGGCGUUAUACUAGACAUUUCAUCUAUUCUAUAGAAGUUUUUGAUCUCUUGCAGAGAUUGUGGUAUUGAUAAAAUAAAAUUUUUUUAAACUUCAAAAUUACAUUUAACGAUUUAAAAAACUAUCUUGACUAUAACUUUAAGACCUAAUUAGUGGACAGAAAAUGGAGUUUCCUUAACCAAAUUAGCCUAUUUAGCUAGCAUUGAUUUGUAUUAUCCUGUUUUCAAUUAACUAUUUUUUUAACAAGGAUUAAUAUUCUUAGAGAGGAAUGAAAUCAGUGUGUUUGCCUUUUAAAAUUGUUCUUGCAAAGUUCUCCCUGAAUUUCAUGUGAAUUUUUUGUAUUAUGACUAUAUACAUGUACACAUACACAAAGUUCUCACAGUGCUAUCUGUAUUCUUUCUUUUCUAUGAGUGUAUAAACAAUGAUGAUUACUUUUAAUAACAAUAAGGAAAUAAACAAUGGAAUUAUGUA